AUGUUUACUUGCUACAACCCAAAAUUCUCCAAACCCAAAUGGGCCAGGAACAUGGGGAAGAACAAAAGAGUGAACUUGACACACGCGGAAGUCUGGGAUGAUUCAGCCCUGGUUCAGUCUUGGGACGAUGCUGUCGAAGAAUACCAACAUUACUGGAGCAUUCACGCCAAGGGCGAAAAUGUUGAAGAUAUCUUGAAAGAAGCCGAGGACAAUGGUACUACUCCGGCUGUAGACUACGGUGACGGUGAAAGCACCAAAGCCACAGAGGAUGAUGCCACUCAACCUGAAAAUGAGGACGUCGCGAUUACCGUCGACGACCACACUUCCGAGUCUGCUCCCGAGCCUUCUCGGCCCGUGGCUGAUGCCAGUUCAGCGGUUUCCACGCCUGCUAUGCCUAUGCCUCACCCUAUUAUGGCAAAUGUUCAAGAUGAAUCCUUGAAGAACCUCAUGAUGUCAUGGUACUAUGCAGGAUACUACACGGGACUUCAUGAAGGUCAACAACAGGCAAGACGCGACUAG